GCGUAUAAUUUAUUAAAUAUGCUUAGUCUUCAAUUGAAUUCUAUUUUAUAUCUCCUUAUAUUUAAUUGUGUUAAUAAACUUGAUGGUUUAAAAUUAUCAAAAUUAUGUACAACUCUUACAGUUAAUCUAAGAAGUCAAAUAAGUAUCAAUCGAAAUGUAAGCUUAACCGUAUCAUCAUCAUCAUCAUCAUCAUCGGAUAUGCAGUCUGAUUUAAAUCAACUAAAGUAUCAAGAUAAAGUAAUGAUGGAUGAUAAUGGAUUUGAAUUACGUAUUCGAAGAGUAAAUGAUGGUGUUAUGAUUGAUGAAUGGUAUGAACCUGGAAGAAAAUAUUAUGUAAUAUUGACAAAUCGAUUUCAUUCAGUAGGAUUUCGUGAUGGAUUAAUAUGGAUUGAACCUAAUAUGAAUAAGGAAAAAAUGAUGAUGAAUAUAAAAAUGGAUUCAUCAAUUCUUGUGGAUAGUAAAUCACUUAAUGGACAACUCAAUUCAAACACAUUAACAGAUAAUAUGAGCAAUUACUCUUCUAGAGAGUUAGGCGAAUGGAUUCAUUUAACUAAUCAGGAUCCAAAUAAUAAUAUUUUAUCUGAUUUAUGGACAACAGAGACAGCAGUCACUCAAACAAGAUUAGGUUGUGAAGGUCUUACAGCUGAGAAGAUCUCACGUACUCAAAGACUUGUUACAAAAAUGAUAGUUAUAUGGAAAGCACCAUUAAAAGAUAAAUGUGGUUGUAUCAAUAUUAAUGCAGCUGUACAAACACAUAAUGAACAAAGAGAAAUAUUUUCCGCUAUAGGUGGUUUGACCAAAACACUUUGUCCAAGUUAUACACGACCACCAAGUCCUGUUCUUCCAGCUUACAUGUUACCUGCAAAUGAUAGAAAUGUCGAAAAUUCUAUAAAGGAAAGAACGAUGAAGUUAUCACAUGAUGAAUUUAUGCAUUUGGAUAGUAUGCAACCUCAAGACUGUUGUGCAUGUGGUUCAGCAACUUAUAAGCUCACCUUUACUGGUAUGUGGACUAGAGCAACACAUCCAAAAGACUGGCCCGUCCACAAUCCUGGAGCACUUCACUGGACUAACCUUAUCGGUGCUAGUCACUCACCAAGUUUCCAAAUUUACCGUAUGGGAGAACCAGCAAGUGCUGGAGUUCAAGCUGUUUGUACGUAUGGUGACACAACUGUGAUGAAACAGUCACUCGGGAUCGCUGCUACAAACACAGGUUCUUUAGGAGGAGUUCCAUCUGGAACUCAAAGAGGUUCUACCGGUAUCGGACCGUUACUAAGUCUAGUGUCUGCUCCAGGCAUGUGGGGAGAAGAAGCUCUUGAAGAGACGAGAACAACUUAUGUUGGUGUAAAUAGAACACAUCCUUUAAUAUCAUUUUUAACAAUGCUUGGACCCAGUCCUAAUUGGUGUACAGGUAUUUCCAGUCAAUCAGUUUGUCAAGCGGACUGCACUUGGGUAAAAAACAUUGAAAUUGACUUAUUUCCUUGGGAUGCUGGAGCUCGUAACGGUGAUACAUAUCUUCCUAAAAAUUCAGAUAACAAGGAUGUUCCAGAACCUAUUCGUUUUAUCACCAGAGACUGGAUGCCAAAUAGUCCAUUCACGCCAGGCGUCCCGGUAGCAAAAUUAAUCUUGGAGAGAGUUUUACCUAAUGAAUCAUGGGAAUGUACUUCAAAGUUGUACGAUGGGGUGGAGCUAUUUCAUGCCGAUGGAAGUACAGAAACAGUAGGUUCCAGACCAGGAUCCCAAUCUAAUAAACAUUCUCCGAUAGUUCAGUCAGUUAUGGGGGAUUUAACAGGUGCACUACCAAAGAAAACUCGAAACAAAAUUGGUAGUGGUGGAGUAGGCGGAACACGAAUUACAAGUGGAGGACUAGGUGGGGAUGAUCCUCUAUCAGAUCCAAGUUUGGCACAGAUGGCCACAUUUCUAUGUGUUACAAGUCCUUGGUCAGCCUGGGGGUCGUGUUCAGUUACCUGUGGUGUUGGUCGUCGAACUAGACAACGUGACAUGCUGAUCAAUAAGAAGACAGAGCUUUGUCAACAUGUUCCAUUAGUUGAAGAAGAGUCAUGUGAUGGUAUAAAACGCACAUGUGAUUUCAGUGCUAUGUGCAGCUUAUUACCAUGGACUGCUUGGACCCCAUGUAAUGCUACUUGUGAUAAACCGCAUGGAUGGCAAACACGUACACGUUAUUUAGCCCGCUCAUCAGAAAAGAAUUAUUGCGAACAUAUAUUUCAAAGUGAAACCGAGUCAAACAAUGGUACUUUACGAGAAUUGAGGGAAUGUCAGCCAAAAGAUACAGAUUGUGAUCCGGCUACAAUAUGUUCAGAGGGUAGAAAAGAUGGUAUAGAAUGUGGUGAAAAAGUUUUAGCAUACUACUAUAGUGCUAUUGAACAUGCAUGUUUACCAUUCAAAUAUUUAGGAUGUAAAGGUGGGCGUAAUCGAUUUCCUACAAAACAAGAUUGCGAAGAUUUAUGCAUUCCAGCUGUUGAAGCACUACCUAAUUGGCGAAGAGAACGGAUAGCUUUAUUACAAUAUCAAACAGCUCAAUUAGCUACAGACAGUAAUGAUUUUAAAAAUCAAUCGAUUUCUCCAGCUAAACACUGUUCUCAGGUAAUGGACCCUGGUUAUACUUGCAUGGAUGAUAACCCACCACAGAAUAGAUGGUAAGUUAUGACUUUAUUUAUUAUUUAGUCGAGGUUUUGGCUUUAAAAUUAAGCAGUAAAUAGUUGUUUUGUUUUAAUCUAGAUUUUCUCAGUUCAUGUAAAUAGACUACGAAUGUUUACAUUGUCGUGAACUUUCAUUUAUCAAACUUGACCUGUUUGAGUUUAUAAAAGACGAUGUUUUAAUAGGACUUUAAAGCAUUUAUCUUGAGGAUAAGUUAUUACUAAAUGGUAUAUUGUCGUUCAGACUGAUAUAUGAAAAUAGUAGAUUCAGAGGGUCUUUUUUGUAUUAAAGUUUUCGAUGCUUUUUCAACUGAUGUUAACACGUAAUAAUACACUAGCAAGGUUAAAUAACUAAAUGACAUUGAAUUCAGUAAAAUUCAGGCUUAUUAGGUAACAAUAUUUUUGGUCAAAGUCUACUUUUCCCUGUUGCCUGGGAAAUCUCAAUGAUGUACCCGGGAAACUGGUUUAUUUUUUAAAGCUAUGAAACAUUAAAACAUUCAUAAAUAACAUCAGGCUUCAGAGUGGAAGAUUAGGACACACAUUACAUGCAGUGUUUCUGAUGAAGUAUAAUAAUUUUUGCUGCACAACUUAUAUUAUGACUAAGAUCAAGGCUUCAUAAUCAAAAGUAAUAAGUGUAAACCUGAUUUAUGUAGUAUGUAAUCACUAGUCCCUUGCUGAAUACAGUCAAUUAAAAGACUAAGAUGACGGGAAUAUAUCAAAAAGACACAUAACGUACACCUGAAUUCAGAAAGGGAAAUAUAAAUAAAUCUUUCUAAUUCAAACUUAAGGUAACAGUCAAAAUUAUCGAAGUUCAGUUUAUUUUAAUUGAACUAGAAAGGAUUUCGAAUAAGUUAUUCAUAUAAACAUGAAUUUUGUUAUUUUUAUACUUUUCAUCAGUUAUAUGAAAUUUUAAAUGAAAUCCCUGUUAUCAUAACUGGAUGAAUAGUAUCAUCUUAAGUUAAACAAAUGAUCGGUUUUAUUGUGCCUUGAGUCAGUCUGAUCUCGUUCGAAUGUUUUUAUUCCUCUACUAAUCAGUGAAGGUUAUCACAACUUAACUCUUAACAGAUAACACAUCAUUAGCCCUGAACAUUUUAAUUUAAAAACCUUAGGGUAAUUUGUCCACUACACUUCAUCACACUGUUAACCAGACAUCAUCUCUUGAAGUUUUUUUAGCUGCUCAAAUGAUAUGAUUACACAGAAAAAUGUGGAGAUGUCCAAGAAUGAAACGACAAAUCUUUCUUAGAACUAACAUAUAUAUGUGAAGUAAUUUCAUAAAAAAUCAAAGUACAUUGAGAGUCAUUUUGUGACUUGAUGUACUUAAUGUCGUUUUUGAUAUAGUUUAGGGUCUACGCUCAAAUAAGUUUAAACUUUGUCAAUUCUUGUAUUCCAGUGCAUAUAUUACCAAUAAGUUAUUGGAUCAAGGUUCUGUACUCUAUAUUUUACUACUCUGGUCAAUACAUUUCAUUGCAUGACAAACAGCUGCAUCUGUUUCUGACCAGUUCUAUUACUAUAGUAAUGUAGGUUUAUUAAUUAGUGGUACUUCGAAAUAAAUCAAAAACUUUGAUCAACACCUGUAGAAUAAUUUUUAAUUACAGUAAUGACGAUUAUUUACCUAUUUCUUCCUAGGUAUUUUUGUCCCCGCCUACGAAGAUGUCGUGAUUUUGAAUACCGUGGUUGUGGUGGUAAUGAAAACAAUUUUGAAACAUAUCAUGGUUGUUUAUCUGAUUGUCUCCCGUUAGAAAUGGAGAAGCUACGACAAAUCAAUAAGGCACGUAUGGCUAGCAUGCGUACAUACACAAAUGACACUUCUAUGAUCCAUAAUAACGCAACAAAUAAUCAUACCGCUAUCUCUAUACAAAAAUCAGUGGAUGAUAAAAAUGAUGUUAAUUCAUUAAAUGAAAUAGAACAUCAAAAAUUAAAUGAUAUAUCGGGUCAUAAACAAGAUUGCAUAAUGACUACAUGGAGUGGUUGGAGUCCAUGCUCAGUAUCAUGUUCUCAUCAAAAAGGUACGCAAAUGCGUUGGAGAUAUAUUGAAAAACCUUCAAUGCAUGGUGGGAAUUCAUGUGGUACACUUUUUGAAAAACGUGAAUGUCAUGGAAUCGCAUGUUAAUAUAAUCAAGAAUAUACAAAGAAAAUUCAUUCUUACUGUAAAUUCAACAAUUAACGUACUUCUCAAAGCAUUGAAUGCUUUAUUCCAUCAUCACAUGACAACAACAAAAAUCUUUUUAAAUACUCAGAAAUCAAUAAAUGAUUAGUAAUAAUGUCUCCAAGGUAUUUGUUUGAGCACUCAAGCUCAUAUAAACAAACAAUACUUAUUUUCAUUCAAUUCAAUAUCUUUAUUUACACUUCAUAUAUGUAGCCAUUUUUAAUAAAUAAAUUAAUAUCCUCUU